UGCAUGCCUACAGUUAGCGUGCAUAUUAAUAGUCUCUAUGUUGACACUGCAUGGUGUUUAGUAACAUUUAGCAUGUAAAAUUUUUACAGUUAGCAUGGUAACAUUCUAAACAUGGAUAUAACAUGUUUUUUUAAAAUCAGGUCAGCAUUUUACAUGUUAGCACGAUAAAAGAUUAGCAUUAUCUCAAAGUACUAGCUGAAGCUGUCAGGCAUUUGGUACUUUUAAAGGUGUCCUCUCAUAAUCUGAACUGUUCAGCAGCUAAAAAUGUUUGACCUGAUGGUGGCGCAAGAGGAAACAUCAGAGGAUCAUCAAAGUAAUUUGAUUCAUCCUCUGAAGAUCAUUAUCUGUACAUGACAGUUAAAUAGUUUUUGAUGAUAUCGAGACAUGUUGGACUAACAGACAGAUAGUCAUCCCAAGAGCCAUCAUGACAGAACAGCUAAAGAAUCUAUUCACAAUGCUAAUACAUCCCUAGUAUUUCCAUCACACUGUAUAUAAAUUCCUAAUUUCUGAGGGUAAGAACUGACAUGAGACUAAGGACACUAGGACCCUGUGGAGACAGCAGCUUUGGUCCUGUUUCUAGUUGCCUCCUGCUCCAUCUCUGCAGUCACUGUGUGUGAGUGGAGGGGGAAACCAGAGAGUGAGCUGGUGCCUUUGCAAGCAUUUACAUCAGCAUCGCUGCUCAGAAAAACCUCUGCUGCCACAGCUGUAGUCAUCCGGGGAGAGGAUGCAAAAGGCAGAUCAAGGGACGGGAGGAGAAACAGGCUCUUACAGUGGGAAGUACCUCAGCAGCAUUCACAAGGCACAGUGAUUGAUGUCCACUGUGUGCCUCAGCAGUGGAAAACCAGGUUUUCAUCCUCAGAGACCAAAGCAGCAGACAGCUGCAUCAGGAAAUAUUCUGAUUCAGGGUGGGUUGUGACUGAUGGCAGACAUGAAGAUUUAGUACAUUUGUAAAAUUUGAACCUCCAGACGAUCACAUCAUCCUUCGGACUACAAGGCAGCUUUUGACCUCAUUUUCAAGCCGCUGUUCUCUGGCCGUACUUCCUGGCUGUGAAGGAUGGGUGAUGGGCCUGUGACUGAUUCUGCCUGCCUGCCUCAUCCCACCCUUCAAUGGAGCCAACGUGGAACUCCUCCCACCCACCCCCACAGCUCAUGUCCAACGUGUCUGCCUCCUCUCUGCCUGAGGGCUGGGCUCUGUCCCAGUCGCUAGCCCUGCUGGCCAUGCUGCUCAUGGAUCUGCUAGCUGUGGUGGGUAAUGUGGCUGUCAUGGCGGUCAUUGCCAAGGCCCCACAGCUCCACAAGUUUGCCUUUGUCUUCCACCUGUGCUUGGUGGACCUGUUGGCAGCCCUGGUGCUGAUGCCCCUUGGCAUGCUCUCAAGCCGAGCCUUCUUCGGGGAGGCCCUGUGCAGGAGCUACCUCUUCCUCAGUGUGUGCCUCGUCAGCGCUGCAAUCCUCUCUAUCUCCGUCAUCAACGUGGAGCGUUAUUACUACAUCAUACACCCCAUGCGCUAUGAAGUAAAGAUGACUGUUGGCCUAGUAGCUUCGGUGCUGGUGGGGAUAUGGGUCAAAGCCCUGGCCAUGUCUGCUCUGCCGCUGCUCGCUUGGUUCCUGCAAGGUGGAAGAACUCCUCUUCUAGAGAGUAGUGGGGUUGGCGGAGGAGGAGGUGGGGCUGUCCCAUCUCCCCCUGCUCAGGGUCACAGGCGCUGUUCACUGCAUUGGACAGGGGGAGGGUCAAACCGCUUGGCCUUCAUGGUCCUCUUUACUCUGGUGUAUUUCCUGUGUCCACUGCUGGUCAUUCUUGUUGUGUACUGCAAUAUGUUUAAAGUGGCUCGAGUAGCAGCCAUGCACCACGGGCCUCUGCCUACCUGGAUGGACACACCUCGGCGCCAGCGGUCGGAAUCACUUAGCAGCCGCUCCACGAUGGUUACUAGCUCUGGUACAGGGACUGGGACAGGAAGAGCAACUCCGCAGCGCCCCUUUGGGGGAGGAAAGGCUGCAGCAGUGUUGGCAGCAGUAGGUGGACAGUUCCUUUGUUGCUGGCUGCCCUACUUUACUUUCCACCUGUAUUCAGCACUUGCUGCCAGCCCUCCGGCCAUGCUGGCCUCUCUGGAGGAGGUGGUCACCUGGAUUGGCUACUUCUGCUUCACCUCCAAUCCCUUCUUCUAUGGCUGUCUUAACAGACAGAUCCGAGAGGAGCUCGGUAAGCAUCUGCCUUGCCUGUUUCGUCGAGCAGGGUUUGAGGUGGAGGAUAGACUUCCCAGCCGUGAGGGAUCCAUAGAGGAGAAUUUCCUCCAGUUUCUUCAGGGCACUGGCUGCAACUUGGAUCCUCAAAACUCUCACAGCACCUCCAGCCCUAAGGGGGAGGCCUGCUGCCCCGUGGCUCAGUCCCAACCACCUGAGCCAGCACAGCCCAUACCCAUUGAUUUCCGUAUCCCUGGACAAAUUGCAGAGGAGACUUCAGAGUUUAUUGAGACUGAACAGGCGAAAAACAACCAUAUAUAUACAGACAAUUAAGUUUUUAACAUCUUUAUUUUCUGAAAAUAAGUCUAGUUUUGAUCAUUCAAGUGUUUAAGGAGUCAUUUCAGUGAAAAAAUGUUGAAAGCUGGCCAACAGAUAACUCAGUUCAUUUAAAUGACUUUAAAUUGUAUAUUUGAAUCAUUGCACUUUGCCUCAUUGGUUUUCAUCCUAGUUUUUGAAAACAGUCACGAUGACACAGUUAAAUGCAGUUGUUUGAGAUGCAUUUCAAACUGUUGUUUGUGAACAGGGAAAUUACUGCUAGAAUUAAAAAAUGGCUGUAUUUUGGCCUUCCACACAACCGCUCAGCUCUGUACAGUAAAUGACUCAGUGAAUUAUUAUUGAUGUAACUUGUUAAAGCCUUUUUUAAUUUAAAAAAAUCACAUUAAUUAUUGUUUGAUUAUAUGAAGGUAACUGAAUAGUUUUCAGAGUUAAAUGUUUUCAGAAUAUUCCUUUUGAUCUCAAAUUAGGAAACACUUGAAAUACACAGGCCCCCUUUCAUUUAAUGACUUUAUUAUUGUGCAGCGAUGUUCUGCUAUUUCAACGAAUUGCCUUCGGUAUUCAUAAAUGAAGAUUAAAUGGUUCCACACACCAACAGAGUGUAUAUGUUAAUGCCAAAUAAUUAAUUUCUUGAGACUCUGGACAGUUGAUUAUUUUUGAAAAUGAUUUUGUAAAUGAUUUGGUUAACUGUAAGUAAAGUAAUGUCACAGAAGACAGCAAUAAAAUACACAAAAUUAUGACCAUAAAGCAGGAUCCAUUGAAGGAAAAGCACUUCUGUCACUUUUGAUUGGUAGUUGGGCUUUCGUCAGUGAUAAUGCCAUUUAUAACCCUUAAACUAAUCUGAUCAUAUUGGAUUAGGAGGUAUACAUAUUGUGGCCUAACGGUCAUGGAAAUGCUACAAGUUGUUUACAGAUAAAUCUCUGAAUUUUGUCCUCCUUUCUUUGGUGCUUGUCCAAACACAUCCUUUCCUAAAAGCAAGCCAGAUCUAUUGCGACACAGUUUAGGAUUUAAGUUGAGUUUAUAACUCAUUUUAAGGGUCACCCAGCUUUCUAUUUAUCAGUGUAUUUGGACAUAGAUCUUAAAAAAACAGUGUUCUCUUGAUGCACAUGAUUCUUUUCCUUACAUCGUUUGAUGUACUAAACUGUAUGUUAUGUUUAGUAAAACUGUAUAAGUGUUGGUUGUGUAUAUCACUCUGCACAACCAUUUUUCUUUUUAUUGGUGAGUACUUGUUAUGAAUUUCAUUGCAAGGAGGCUGAUGUAUUUUGACCCGUAUGCAGUAACUGCCUUCUUUGUGUGUUUUUCAGCUGUGGAGAUUAUUAUCCUGGAAGAAGAAUACAUUUAGAUUUUUUGACAGGGUUUUUUAAAGUACCUCAGAUGCAGGGAAAAAAAAAUAUUAUCCAGUCCUGUGCAGUUCCAUGUCAAGUAUGAUUCCUGCACACUAUUUUAAUGUUAUGACAACAUUUCCUUGUUGAGGUUUUAUUUGAAAUGAGGGUGCAGACUUUGAUAUUGUUUUUCAACUUGAGCUUGAUGAUGAGUUGAAGUAAUAUUUUAUAGCAAACUGUUAGGGAUAAUACUAUAUGUGGAAAUGUUUUAUUGAAACACUUCCUUUCUUAAUGUGGAUACAGGGUUUUUAAGAUAUUUUUUCCAAAGGUUGUUUUUGAGUGACAAUGCCAAUCCAAAAUCAAACUUGAGCUUGAUAAUGUUCUUUUCAUCACGUCUAAAAUAUCCCAAAACUGUGAAUGAUGUUGAAUGUUUGUGUUAGGGUUUUCACUUGUUCAGAGAUAGUUUUUUCUAAAAUAAAAGAAUGACCACUGUACUGCAAUGAUAUGAAUGUGUUCGGAAAAUAUAUGGCUAAAAUUUGAGCGAGAGAUACUGUUGUAAUAAAGAGUUUCUAUGUUUGUAAAACAUUUCCGAUGCAUUUUCAUAAUUCUCCCUAAAAUAUGGGGUUUCUGUCACAAAUAGUGAUACCAAAUAUCUGCUUUACAUUUAGGGUCUUUAAAGCGUCUUUUACUCAACAUCUCAGUGUUCUGUAUUCGUACUAUGUAAUUCAGUGUGUGUGGCAUAAUCUCCCUGCUUUGCUUUGAUAUCCCACUGCAAAGAGGAGGGUAGAAGGAUGCAGUUCAA